AUGCACUUCCAAAAGCUCACUGGCCUCUGCCUCUUGGCAUUCGCCUCGGUCUCAUUGGCUGAUGCGGUACCUGAGGACCGCUAUCUGUGGGGAGCUGAUCGUAUGGGCAAAAUGAUUCGUCGUGCGACGUCUACCAGCAAGACCUCGUCAGCAUCCAAGGCGACCUCGACAUCAGCAGCGGUAAAGGCCGCCAUAGUGUCAUCAUCGUCAUCAUCAGCACUGUCGAAGGCCUCGUCUACUACCGUGGUCUCGGUCUCUAGCAGUACCCCAGUCUCAUCUGCCAGCAGUGUAUCCUCAUCCUCAUCCACAUCCUUGGUGGCUGAUGCUGCUUGUACCAACGGACCAAACUCUCGUCAAUGUUGGAGCAAUGGCUACAGCAUCAAGACUGAUUUUGACUUGAAGCACCCUACCACGGGUAACACUAAAUAUUACACUCUUGAGAUUACCAACACCACAUGUAAUCCCGAUGGCCAGAAAGAUCUGGAAUGCUACUUGAUCAACAACUCCAUGCCUGGUCCUACGAUCACCGCCGAUUGGGGCGACAUGAUCCAGGUCACCGUCAAGAACUCUCUCCAGAACAACGGUACCAGUCUCCAUUGGCACGGUAUCAGACAGCUCGGUAGCGUGGGUGCUGAUGGCGUAGGCGGUAUUACGGAAUGCCCUAUUGCUCCAGGACAGAGCAGAGUCUACACUUUCCAAGCAACCCAAUUUGGUACUUCUUGGUAUCACAGCCAUUACUCGUCACAGUAUGGUAUGGGUGUUGUAGGCCAGAUUGUAAUCAACGGUCCUGCCAGCUCUAAUUAUGACAUCGACCUCGGAACUUUGCCAAUGACCGACUUUUAUUAUGAUCUUGCAAACAACGUCAACGAAAUAACUCUUCACAACCUUCAGGCAAAUGCACCACCACCACCUGGUGAUAACAUCCUUGUUAAUGGUAAAGGAAAGAACAACAUCACCGGUACCAUUACUGGGUCUUACUCCCAAAUGAGGCUUACCAAAGGCAAGAAACAUCGUCUGCGCUUGAUCAACACCUCUGUCGACAACGCGCUAUGGGUUAAGCUCGAUGGUCAUAGCUUUACAGUCAUGUCAGCCGACUUCAUUCCUAUCAAGCCCAUAACUGGGCAAAAUUGGCUCCUGCUUGCUGUCGGCCAACGGUACGAUGUAGUAUUCACCGCCAAUCAAACACCUGGAAACUACUUCUUCCGUGCCGAGGCCGCUACUGACUGCUUCAGUGGAAACAAAAAGGGCGGUCGUGCUCUCUUCACCUAUGAGGGCCAAACUGUCACCGAACCUACUGAUAGCAACGAACAACCCGCUGGAAAUGGUUGCACAGAGCUCAAUACCGUUCCUUACUGGACUCAGGCUGUUGAUCAGACUCAGUACAACGCCCAGGUUAAGACUCUUUCGACUGGUGUCGCACCCGGCCUCACUACCAACGGACAGAACUUCGCGCUUUGGCACUUGGACACUACAGCUAUGAUGGUCAACUGGGAUAAACCGACACUUCAAUAUGUCUUCGAAGGCAACACCAGCUAUCCCGAUCCAUAUGCAGUCAUCGAGAUCCCUAAUGAGGGUCAAUGGACUUACUGGCUCAUCCAGAUGGGGCAGCAGAACCCACCGCUUCCCCACCCUAUCCAUUUGCACGGACACGAUUUCUUUGUCCUCGGCUCAGGAGCCGGUGUGUUUGAUUCUAGUACCGCCGUCCUGAACUUCGCCAAUCCUCCUCGUCGCGACACAUCCAUUCUUCCUGGUCUCGGCUGGCUCCUUAUCGCCUUCCCAGCGAACAAUCCUGGAGCUUGGCUCAUGCACUGCCACAUCGCGUGGCACAUCUCUGAGGGUCUCGGUGUUCAGUUUAUCGAGGCUAAGAACGCGAUCAGCAUGCCUGAUCAGGCCACAUUCAACUCCCAGUGUGACAGCUGGAGAUCUUACUCCAAGAACAUGGCAUGGCCACAGAUCGACAGUGGUCUUUAA